GACGGAGUGAACUCCCAGACCUCAACAGUGAGAAGCUUUGUGAUCGAUAUCCCGCGUGCCAAAUACUAACACCCAGACUCUUCCGCAGGUGGCGGAUCAUUGCUGCUGUGGAGUGUCCCAUGGGCGUCGUUUGUCCAUGAACGUCAAAUAUGCAACUGGUCCGCACCAUGAGCUGAGCUGUCGAGCGCGAGCCCGACACUGCAUGCACUGUAAGCUGAUGCUCCCGGUGCAUUCGAUCGUAUUGACGAGACCCUGAAAAGUGGGGGAAUGCAGUCUUCACUCAUCAGUAGUACCAGGUUGCGACUUCUGUAGCAGCAGACUAUGCUGUUUCAGCAUCACCAAAGUAUCACGGAAAGCCAUGAUACAGCCGAGAGAAGCUUUGCCCCUUGAGCCGCAUAUCUUCCGACGUUGACAGGCUGGGUAUAUCAUGCGAGACGCCCUCGGCGUCGGCCGAGCAUUCUCCAUCCUGGUGCGAAAAGGGAGAAUCGAAGCUGAUGGUCAUGGGGUGCCAGAUCCAGGUGCAAUGAAUGCUGUCUAUGGGCCAUACUCCAAUGCUCUCCGAUCACCACUGCCUCGUCAAGAAGCGGAUGGUACUGUAACCGCCAAAUGCAGAGGGUUCUCGAGUUCUUGAUGAAGAGUAUUCAGAAUUUCAGCUGCCAGCAUGGGAGUGGGCUCUGAGCCCGUUCAUGACCUCGAAGAUUUGGGCGAUGAUCAGGUGGUUCUGCUACUGUGAUUGGAGAUGUCACCCUUCCAGCCAUAAGCAGGCACAUCGUGGUCUGCAAGUCGCUCUGUAGACGUCGUCCAUGGGCCGGGAAAACUGCUCGUUGCUAGCCCCUCCGCGGUCUGCUGCUGUCGAUGACACUCUCAGCGGACCCAGACUGGCGAAGCGACAGAAUAGCCAGAGACAGUCGAGUCCUCACUGCGCAGGUUCAGGGCAGAGACAGGCUGCGGCGGCCAUGUCCCCUAUCGUUGAGCCUGGGCUUGGCCGUCUGUCACAAGAUGCUGCGCUGUAGCAGAGUGAGCAGUCGGUAUAGACGGCGGGUAUAUAUGUGUUGGUGA